UGGCCAUCAUGUCCCAGCUGCUCCAUGUGGAGAUCCCAAACUUUGGAGCUACGGUUCUGGGUUCCCUUAAUGAGCAGCGCUUGCUGGGACACUACUGUGAUGUAUCCAUACUGGUUAAAGGCCAGGCUUUCAAAGCCCACCGGGCUGUUUUGGCCGCCAGCAGCCUCUACUUUCGUGACCUCUUCAGCAGCUCCACCAAGACCCAGUUUGAGUUGCCUUCCUCAGUCACACCUGCUUGCUUUGAGCAGAUCCUCACUUUCUGCUACACAGGGAAGCUAACAAUGGCAGCUAGUGAACAGCUGGUGGUCAUGUACACAGCUGGCUACCUCCAAAUUCAGCAUAUAGUUGAAAAAGGCAUGGACCUAAUGUUUAAGGCAAACUCACCUCACUGUGACUCGCAGACAAUGGGGUCCUUAGAAGAAACGGUAUCUGAGCCACAGAGUCCUUGUAAUAAUGGCAACGGCCUGGCAGUGGCUGCCCUUCUAGGGACCCCGGGAUGGUCUUCGACUCUGCUCAUACCGCAGCGUAAGAUUAAAAUUGAAGGAGGUGAGCCCUUGCCCCUGACUGUACCUUCAACGCCAAGUAAGACUUCGCCUUCAGAGCUUGGAAGUAGACUGGGGAGGGCCGGGCCGCUGUUCUACACAACAGCUGGAGGGACCCCUAUCCCUGGUAUGCCUGCUUUCAGCCUCCAGGGGACUAGUGGCAGUGGAGCUGGAGGAGGAGGAGCAGCCGGCGGUGACAGGUCCAGCCCCGGAGCUUCCAGUCUGCCCACAACCGACAGUCCCACGUCCUACCAGAACGAGGAUGAGGAGUUUGAGGAGGAGCCCUACGAUGGGAUCACAGAGGAGACCUACAGUCAUCUUUAUGGACGUUCAGCCAAUCCCUACGGGAUCCAAGACAAGCCGGAGAUGGCGUCGAUGCCCUUGUCCUUGGAGAACCGCAACUGCGUGCUGAUCCGCAGGGACCUUGUGGCGCUGCCUGCAAGCCUCAUAAGCCAGAUAGGCUACCGCUGCCAUCCUAAGCUCUAUACUGAGGGGGACCCUGGAGAGAAGCUGGAGCUGGUGGCGGGUACACAAGUGUUCAUGACUCGAGGCCAGCUGAUGAAUUGUCAUCUAUGUGCCGGCAUCAAACACAAAGUCUUGCUCCGCCGCCUCUUAGCCACAUUCUUUGACAGAAACACUUUAGCCAAUAGCUGUGGGACGGGCAUUCGCUCUUCUACUAGUGAUCCCAGCAGGAAACCCCUGGACAGCAGGGUCCUCAACGCUGUCAAACUCUACUGUCAAAAUUUCAACCCUAACUUCAAGGAGAGUGAAAUGAAUGUGAUUGCUGCUGACAUGUGCACAAACGCGAGGCGGGUCCGCAAGCGAUGGUUGCCCAAGAUUAAGUCCAUGCUGCCCGAUGGCAUGGAUGUGUACCGUGCAGGAAUGGGCAUGAGCGCUGCUAUAGGUCUGGGUCUGACGCUGGGUGCCCCUCAGUCAGGGUUACCCCUCACUUUUGAGGCCGACUUCAAGACCUUAGAGCAAAGGUUGUAUCCUGAUCGUAAGGACCCUCUCAGGACUCACCCACCCCUGACAGAAGGCAGCCCCGGGUCUGGGGCGGCUGGAGCAGAAGCUGAAGAUGAAGGCGAAGGAGCAGUCCAAGAGGAACAGGAGGAAGACGAGGAUGAAGCUAGGUUAGAGGGUGUAAACAGAUCACUGGGGGCGAUCCCAGGAGCCGAGGCAGGCAACUGUGGCGACACGCCGGCUGAGCAGGAAGCAGAAAAUUUUGGACACGGUGCGAGGGUGAACGGACAGUGAAUGUCCUUUUUAGGCUGUCUCUUACAUUGUGAGAGACAGCCUCUUCUCUUUGCUUGCUCUUUUACAACAGCUCGUCCGCCACUCUUCCUCCUCUGUGCUUCCUCAACGGGAAUUUCGCUCAGCACAAGAAGCCGCACUCACUGAUCUUACUAUACAGGAAUCUGUCGCACAUGCAUGCGCACACGUGUGCUUGCGUGCUCCCAUAAUUGCCGCUAGUGGAAGCAGAACACUGUUCUUAGAAGUAGACACAGGCAUGGCAUUAGCACUUUGAGAAAGUCGACUCUUUCUGCUCCGCCCGUUUCUUGGUACACUCAGUAUGUACUCAGUGUUUUGGCAUCCGCAGCAUUAUUACAAAGGCCUGGUAGCAGAACAAAUGGCUGUAAUGAUUCAUCAUUCAAGUGCAAUACAAAAGCAACAGCUGCUUUGCCGGUGUGGUACACUGAUUUGUAAAAUGAUUCCAUUUUCUUGGAAAGCUGCAUCAGAAACUAACCCGCGUAACCUUGGGGAAAACAGAUCUGGAAAGAGCAAUGUUGACCUUUAUGUUAGUUUACUGUAUUUUGAACGUGUAUGAAUGUAUAACAACAACAGUUUUGCAAUUUAAGGCCAUGUACUGUAGUAGCUCCAUUAAACAAAACGGUUUUCUCCCUAUUAAAUAGGCCCAUCAUUUAGAUGAUCAAAUUUUUUUAAGCACUCAUGUCUAUAGUCCACAGUCUAAAAACAACUCUAUCACAUGGAGUUGUUUAUUCGCGCAUAUUUGCCCAUGACAUGUUGAAUUAGGUUGUCAAUGUGAUGCCUGUGUCUGCUCCAGACCACUCCUCCCCAACCACACAUGCAUACAGAUAAGACAUAUUUCCUAACCCGUGGAUAAUAGCCUUGAAUAUCUGCGCCAAUGUAUUCAGAAUACAUGGUCUAUAAAAACAGUGCUUUUUAACUCUGGGUAAAAAUCAUUCUCUUGUGGAGAUACAGAGAGAGACUUGAACAUGAACAUGCACUAAAAAAAAGAGAGAGAGAGAGAAAGAAAAAAUCCGAGCUUGCAUGCAUUCAUACAAACAGUGGAUACAAAGAAUUCUCGGAAAAAAAAAACGCCAACAAAGCCACAAACCUGCAUUGAAAUAAGAUAACAGCUGCCGUUGCCUUGAGAUACGCUAUUAAUGCUCAAAGAGGACUCUCUCCGUUUUCCGCUGGACCUGACCGCAGUCUGACGCAUGUUAGAACUGAUCCGGCUGUGACCCAGGAUUUACACAGUAACAGUUGGAAUUUCUUGUUGUUGUUGUUUUAUUUGUUUUUUGUUUGUUUGUUUUAAACUAAAGAGUGUGCUGUGCCCAUGAGCAGAGGAGACUGGAUAUAUGGAGUAGUAAAGAAGUGCACUACACUGGGCAGUAGAAGAACGAAUGUUAGAGAGAAGCACUGUUCCACCUCGGUAAUGUUGUGGUGGUGGUGUGAUAUGCACCGAUACUACGCAGUCCUGCUUCCUACCUGGCUGUUUGUUUGUUUGUUUUAUUGUUUGUUCUUUUUUUCUUUGGGAGGGUGGGUAAAUUAUUGAAUCAAACUUAUACGAGCAAUUUAUGCUGGCUUAUUGCAUUUGCACUCAAAAGAAGGUAAAGAGCCGAGAUGCUGAGGAAGGUAACGUGGACCUUUUUAAUUGAGAGGCUGUAACGACAACACCUGAAACGAGUCUCUCUGACAAUGACUGUUUCUACGUUUUGGAAGGGGGGUGGGGGGAGCAAAGCAAUGUCCAACAGGGACUUUAAACCUGCAUUCGUCAUACCUGAUUUCUUCUUUUGAUAUCUGUUUUUUGCCACACAGCCUUUCUUCAUUGUGCAAUGCAUAGAUCUUCCCUGUAUCUUUUUUUUCCCCCCUAUCAGCAAACGAAAGCACAGAAAAGACCGUUCAUUUAAGUAAAAGAGAAGCCACCAACAUUUGGGGGAAAGUGGGUUGUGAUAGGUUAAUUUAAGAACUGCCGGGCUUAGUACUAAUACUAUUCUCAAAAUAUAUGCUAUGCCACUUCAUGAGCGGGGCCAGAGUAGUCUCUGUUUCUGCUCUUGUUUCAGCGUCUGUUAGGGGAAGUUUUAAGAUGGCCCUGCACAAGAAACACAGGGUUACGAUUGCACUAGGUAGUAACAAAAAGGUUCAUAGCGCGUUUAUUUUCAUUGGGAAUAAGUGCGAUCUGCCGUAGAUAAAACAAGACUGUGACACGAUGGCUGGGAUGAUGGAUGAAUGUAAUCUGUAGCACUGCUGUGGUGAGGGUCCAAGCUUUGAUUUGAGUAUAGUAAAUUCUUCAAAAUAUGCCAUAAUAUAAAAUUAAUACCGACUGUGAGGCUGGGUGGUGUUUAAACCUAAAGCUUUAUUGAUAUAGUGAUUUUUUUUAUUUUUUUAAUUUAUUUAUUUUUCAAACUGCGAACAGGUCUUCCAGUGUAGUGAACAUCGUUAUGUGCAAAACUGAGCAAGGUUCACAUGCAGUGCAGGCUUUUUUUCCCUCUGUUUGAUGUUUUUUUAACACAGAGAUUUUGCAAAUUGUACCUUCAUAUCAUAUGUUUAUUAUUCUUACAGGUUUUUCUCACAGUAAAAAACAAACAAUAUUCAGUUGUCUAUUUGAGCCACUUAAAUGUCUGAUCACUUCUGGUUAUGCCAGUCAGAGUAACAGACUUGAGAAAUGAAUAUGUGUAGCCUUUAUUUUGGAAAAUAUAGAAAGUAGCUGUUAUAGCUUCAGAAAAAAAAAGAUAGAGAGAAACCUUUCUACUCAGUUAGUAAACUGGGCAAUGAGUGUGAUAUUCUUUGUAUUUAAUAUUUCUCUCUGUGUGUUUUUGUGUAAAAUAAAUCUUUGAUCCUUUUGAAUAGGAGGACUUUCGCAGAGAUACUAAAUGCAUGGGGAAUAUGAAAUCAGCUGCAAUUAAAAUAAAGCAGUAAAUAAUAACGGGUGGGAAACAUGGAUGUGUUCCACUGUAGUAUUAAAGGGGUGUGGAGCAGUGCCUUAGACUGUGAAUGUGUGGGUGUGGAUGUGUGCCAUUACUUUGUGUUCAGAAGCAAACAGGACCAAGGAUCUACUAAAUAUAGCCAGAUAACACUUUUUUUGGCCAUUUUUGAGUUUAAAAUUAAAAACUAGUAAUCUUUUAUUCUAAUAAAUGAUAUUAAUGACAUAGUCAUUUAUUCACCUUACAUUCUUGCUUUAUGUUUUCCAUCAUGUUGGCUCACCAGCCCAGUAUUACAUAUUUACAGCACAGCUCUUAAGGAAUCUGGUUGAACACCCUUGGAAGAAAUUCAAAUGAAAUCUCAUUCGUAGUAUAGUCAAGUAUAGUCAAACCUGUUCAUCAGUUAGUCACAUUUAAGGUGUGGCGGGCUUUUGUUGUUGUUGUUUGGGGGGGGAUCUUUCUUUUUUUACGCACGAUUUCCUUAUCACGCGCUGGUUUUGACCAGCUCAUUCACUUUUUCUGCCCCGCUGCAAAACAAAGCCAUCAAAAAAACCCAAAACAGAACAAUAAUCCUUUAAGACCGCUUGGGGUUUGAUCCUUUUCUUGUGCAGGAUAAAUGAACGAUGUUGCACUAUAAACGGAGAAUGUCAUGGCUAACCCUUGGGAAGAUUGACGUGGCCAAAAGAGAAAAGUCCAGUUACAUGUAUGUCAUGUAUCGGACGUGUUUCUCAUUUAUAUCAAACUUUUUGUUUUUCUUGGAUGGUUAUUGAAUAGAAGGUAUUUUGUUGCAAAUAACUUCUUCCUCACUUUGCAUCGGGCUCUGCUCACCCCCACACGGACACUGUAGUUUUUUGUUCCAGUGACUGGCUCAUCAUGAAAAACAAUACAUUUAUAUGCAAAGAGACACUUGUACCAUAAAAUGCAUGCCAUUCGCACACUCACCGCAACCCAAUGAAACCUCUGAUCUUUAUGCACCAUGUAUUUUAUGCUGAAUAACUCUUGUCAACUGUUAGUAAACAAAGAUCGAGGUGUCCUGUGGUGAGCAGGGCUGGAUUUUUUUAUUAUACAACCUGGCCUUUCGCUGAAUGUUUGCAUAAAGCUGAAUUUCUUGUAUUAAUGACAGCAAAGUAGUGACAAAGAGUGGAAUACAGAGACUAAGUACACAGUUCAGUAUGUUCACAGCUCAGCACACUCAGAAGAAAAUGCACUGAAGGUUUGUUUGUGUAUUUACGUGUCCUUGUACAUAACGCCAGCACUUUAGAACUACUUGGAAAGGUGAAAGGAAAAACACUGAGAGCAACCGGGUGUUAGGCAAAUGAGGAGUAAAUGCAACUUUUAAAGCCAUGUGUUCAGAGCGCUGACAAUCAGAAUAGGAACGAGACCCAAAGUGCACUACGGGACAUAUGGUAUGACUUGCUAUGUGCUCUUGCUGUUUGCUUUGUCUUUCUUCAGCUUGCUUCGGUCUGUGCUAGCUUCCUUUCCAGAGUGGAGGGACAUGGUGAUGUUAUCUCCAGCCUUCUUGGUUAUAAGUGUGUGUCUUUAAAACCAGGACUGAGUCAAACUUUGGUGCUUUGCAAACAGAGCUGGACACGGACCAUAUCUGUCAUGCUCUGGUAAGCAUGUUCUGGACGUGGUCCUGAGCCCAGGUUUUGUUGAUAACCCCCUUUGAUGGACAACAACCCUACACCGAUCAUGGUAAUGUUCUUCACUAUCAGCUGGGUUUGGAUCAGGCAAACUGGGAUGGGACAAUUUCAGUGUUGAUGCCGCUUUAUGUUUCAAAUGAAAAAGAUGUUUAUGCGCCUUCUGACUCAAGCAUCAAUAAUAUAUACAACAGAAAUGCAAGUUGCCACUUUUGAUGUAAUCUACCUUUCAUUCCCAUCAUAUUUGCCAUCACCAGUUUUAAGUUGUAUAGUCCAAGAGUACCGAAUUUCUUUAAAUGCAAUACAGAAAAAUCUGCUUUCUAAUAAAAGUCCUUACUUCACCA